AACUUGUUGUCUCCUUUCAUAUCCAGCUCACUAACUCUUGUUGGAGAUUGACAUUGCCUCCUACUAACAAGGACACAUGAUAUUAUUCAUUAGAAUUAUCACUUCUCCACAUAAGAAAAAAUAUAAUAUCAAUGUCACAAUCUUUAAUUCAUAUCUCUCGUAUUUCACCUACAAAAAGGCCUUGCACCAUCCCAUUCUUUCUCAUCCCUCCCUCUCUAGUGCUUUGAUUCAUUUUGUAAGGCCAAGAAAAACCCAUUAGCCAUAUUAAAAAAACUAUAAUCUUGUAUAGAGAAAAUGAGAGAAAUUCUCCAUAUCCAAGCUGGUCAAUGUGGUAACCAAAUUGGAGGCAAGUUUUGGGAAGUUGUAUGUGAUGAACAUGGUAUUGAUCCUACAGGAAAUUAUGUUGGCAACUCCCAUGUUCAACUUGAGAGAGUUAAUGUUUACUACAACGAAGCUAGUGGUGGCAGGUACGUGCCUAGAGCUGUGUUAAUGGAUCUUGAACCAGGUACCAUGGACAGCUUAAGGACUGGUCCUUAUGGUAAAAUCUUUAGGCCUGACAAUUUUGUUUUUGGCCAAAAUGGAGCUGGUAAUAACUGGGCUAAAGGGCAUUAUACCGAAGGAGCAGAAUUGAUCGACUCUGUUCUUGAUGUAGUUCGUAAAGAAGCUGAGAAUUGUGAUUGCUUACAAGGCUUCCAAAUCUGCCAUUCUUUGGGAGGUGGAACUGGGUCAGGAAUGGGAACUCUACUCAUAUCAAAGAUCAGGGAAGAGUACCCAGAUAGGAUGAUGUUAACUUUCUCUGUUUUUCCUUCUCCUAAGGUUUCUGAUACAGUGGUUGAGCCCUACAAUGCAACCUUGUCUGUGCACCAGUUAGUUGAAAAUGCUGAUGAGUGUAUGGUACUUGACAAUGAAGCACUCUAUGAUAUCUGCUUCCGAACUCUCAAGCUCACCAAUCCUAGCUUUGGUGAUCUGAACCAUUUGAUCUCUACAACCAUGAGUGGAGUAACAUGUUGUCUUCGCUUCCCGGGUCAGCUAAACUCUGAUCUUCGAAAACUAGCUGUAAAUUUAAUCCCCUUCCCGCGUCUCCACUUCUUUAUGGUAGGAUUUGCACCCCUGACCUCUCGUGGCUCGCAACAGUACCGAGCCCUAACAAUCCCUGAGCUCACACAGCAAAUGUGGGAUGCUAAGAACAUGAUGUGUGCAGCUGACCCGCGGCACGGGAGAUACCUGACAGCCUCAGCCAUGUUCCGUGGCAAGAUGAGCACUAAAGAAGUUGAUGAACAAAUGAUAAACGUACAAAAUAAGAACUCAUCUUACUUUGUUGAGUGGAUUCCAAACAAUGUCAAAUCAAGUGUAUGUGACAUUCCACCAACAGGGUUAUCCAUGUCAUCAACAUUUAUGGGAAAUUCAACGUCUAUUCAAGAAAUGUUCAGGCGUGUAUCAGAACAAUUUACGGUCAUGUUUAGGAGGAAGGCUUUUCUGCAUUGGUACACUGGGGAAGGAAUGGAUGAAAUGGAGUUUACUGAGGCAGAAAGCAAUAUGAAUGAUUUGGUAUCAGAAUAUCAACAGUAUCAAGAUGCAGGGGCGGAGCAUGAUGAGGAUGAGGAUGAGGAUGGAGAGGUUGAGGAGAACUGAAAAUGGAGAUUCUUGGUUUCGAAUUGGCUAUAAGACAAAAAUGUAUGUGUUUUAUGUUUGUUGUUUGAUGAUGGUAAAUAAGGAGGUCAUGUUUACAGUGUCCAGGGCUCCUGUAACCCUUUCUGUAAAAAGGAAUUUUUUUUAUGGCUUUGUGAUUAUUUAUAUGUAAUUUGAUUACAUGUCUUAUAUAUAUUAUAUUAAUUUUGGCUCGUCA